UCGAUUUCGUGAUUGACUUGGCACCAGGGGUGGAUCCGGUUUCCAAAGCCCCGUAUAGGAUGGCUCCAGCUGAACUUAAGGAACUAAAGAUUCAGCUCCAAGGGUUGCUUGACAUAGGGUUCAUUCGGCCCAGUGUGUCACCCUGGGGAGCCCCGGUUUUGUUCGUCAAGAAGAAGGAUGGAUCUAUGAGGAUGUGCAUCGACUACAGAGAGUUGAACAAGUUGACGGUGAAGAAUAAAUAUCCAUUACCUAGGAUCGAUGACUUGUUCGAUCAGCUUCAGGGGAAGACGGUCUUUUCUAAGAUUGAUCUCCGUUCGGGUUAUCAUCAGUUGAGAAUCCGAGAGGAGGACACGAAGACGGCUUUCCGCACUAGGUAUGGACACUACGAGUUUUUGGUUAUGUCAUUCGGACUAACCAAUGCUCCUGCGGCAUUCAUGGACCUGAUGAAUAGAGUAUUCAAGGAUUUCCUCGAUAUCUGUGUGAUUGUGUUUAUCGACGACAUCCUCGUGUACUCUCAGUCAGAAGAGGAGCAUGAGUUACAUCUUCAGAUGGUACUGCAACGACUUCGAGAACAUAAGCUCUACGCCAAGUUCAAGAAAUGUGAGUUCUGGUUGUCUCAGGUGUCCUUCCUAGGGCACAUUGUGAGUAAAGAUGGGAUCAAGGUGGAUCCCGGGAAGAUCGAAUCCGUCAGGGAUUGGCCGAGACCGAAGACAGUGACAGAGAUCAGAAGCUUCUUGGGAUUAGCUGGGUACUACCGUAGGUUCGUGGAGGGGUUCUCCAAAAUUUCAAUGCCCCUGACCGAACUUACAAAGAAGAAUCAGCGAUUUAUCUGGUCAGAUAAAUGUGAAGCUAGCUUUCAGGAGCUGAAGCAGAGAUUGAAGAAAGCUACGACUUCGACGACCACAAAAGCUGAAGCAGAGGUUGAUGAGCUUUUGAAGGCAGUCCAGGAAGAUAUGCUUCUCAAUCUCUCUCUCAAUUCCCACCUCGCUCGUGUCUCUCCUAACUACAUCGACUCCGAUCUCGACACUCGAUUCCGAGCCCUCAAAUCACGACCCUCAAAAUCUCCCCAAAAUACCAAACCUACCCCUCCUUCAACCGCCACCGCCGAUCCUCCCCCUCAAUUGCCGAAUCAAGCCCCAGAUCCUCAACCGGAUCCCGAACUCCAGGCCGUUCUUGGGGACGACCUCUCCGUCCGAUUCGCCAAACUCAGAGCCUCCUUGUCUCAGUCGCCUGCUGCUUCCAUUUCCGGCACUGGUGGCGUUCGUUCCAAUACAAAAUUGGAGAGCCUUGGUGAUGAAGAUGAAGAGGAGGAUGAAGAUGAUGAGGUUGAGAAGUUGAUUAGGUGGGCCAAGGACGCUGCUCGCCUGGAUCCUUCUCCGCCCUCCGAUGAAGAUGAAGAUGAAUACGACUAUGAAGAUUUUGAUCGUCCUCGUCGUACAUAG